ACAAGCCAUGAACGCGUGGUAUUGUACAUGUCAACAGUCACCAUUUAGAAACAGAUUCAAAGACGGGCUUGUCCAGAAUGAAUGCUGCUAUACAAAGUCUCACUGACACGGAGGGUAAGCGGCAGUUUUCAGAUUCUCUCUAUGGUGGUAUUGAGGAGCAUUACAACGUCAGAUAGCUGUGAGCCGGGGCUGUCAACGAUAGAGAUGACCUUAUGAACAGACAAACUUUCACCUCGGAGGAUGUGGGGUGAACUUGAAGAUCACCACCUUGAUGACUCGUGGGGCGUCAAUUAACCUCGCAGACUCAUCGCGACACUGCUAUGUAUACUUCUAGUGCUCCGUAGAAGGACUUUACCGUGAUAGGAGCUGGAAAUCCUUCAUACAAGAGUGGAGUAUUCGAAGUGUGAGGUCCAUUUGCCGUUUUCAUGAAACUGUAGAAGUGUUACUAUUGGAGAGGACGAGGUAGACUUGGAUUGAAGGCACCUUGACGUGUAGUGACAGACCAUGGGUCGGCCCUCUGUUCUUCUCUAGCAUAACACACGUCACGCCUGUACGUCACGUAGCUUGCCCCGACCUUGAUAUAAGAUCAACUGUCGCAUUAUACGCCCGUUUUAUCUAUAGAGAGAAACUACUGUCUGACACUUAAAACAAGCUGGCCCAUUCUUUUUGUUUUGUUUUCACAUUUAAAGCCGAUACACCGCAUGCAUUGCAAAUUUAGAGUUCAGUUUGGCACUUAUCACAGACAUGUCGUGGGAUUUUAAUCGACAUCAUGCGGCCAAGAAGGUUCUGGCCAAGCACAUGGAUGACCUGGACCGGAAGCAGGCCAGCAUCUGUAACCGACGAGACGAGAGUCUUCGAGACUUGCAACGUGAGCUGAUCAGUCUCCAGUCUGUGUCCACGCCAGAUCUCGGGAAAGGUUUGGGGAGUCCUCGAACCUACAAAAAGAGUCAGCAUAACUUUAAUAAAGAUUCUUCAAAAUACUUGAUCCUCCCUCCGGCGGGUAGGGCCAACGUUAGCAGAACCCCUCCCUACACCCAGGAGCCCGACGCCAGCUUCCUGCCCCUCGCCUCGCGCCUUCUGAACAGACGGCAGUCAGAGCCAGUGGCGGUCAGCACACAGGAGGCGAGCGACCUUCAGCAGCUCAUGAGAAAAGCCCUGAAUCUAUCUGAGGAGAGACCAGACGAGAGCUGGAACAGAGUCUUGGAGUCUACGUUACCUGGUGCAGAAAAUACCGGGGCAAAUAGUCGGCUGACCAAACGGCGAGGAACCAUAGCUCUAACUGAAGGUAUCCACAUGAUGACCUCGAAGAACAAGAGUCAUUUGCAUACAGACAGUUCCAUGGCGGAAGGCUCAAAACUGAACAAGGUUCGACCUAGGCGGGGGUCUCUGCCUGUAAACUCUCUUAGCCUGAAUGUGAUUCACGAACCAUCUAGAGGUGCGUCUGCUCGAUCAAGGAAAGGUACAGACACUAAUACACAGGCCAAACGUACAUUCGGUAAAAAGACAAAACGCGGAAGUCAUUCUAAAUCUGCCAAGUCGUUCAAGGAGCAGCGUGGCGUGAGUGUGAUGUUUUACAAUGAGGAAACGGGCGAGGAGUCCAUUCCAGCACCCCUGCCGGUCAUCCCCGGUUUGAAAGAAGACGGAGACGGCAGACCGGAAGCAGAUGAGACCGGAAGUGUGGAUGACAACGAUGAGAAGGAGGGUAUGUGGGAUGAGGUGGCCAAGUGCAGGUACAUCAGAGGAUACGACCCACCCGAGAUGAGGAUUCCUGAUGAAGACUCGGCCACGUAUGUGUUUGGGAGAAGCUACAACGACGUGUUUCAUGCCCAGGAUCUCCAGCCACAGUAAGACACGAACCAAUGUUUACUGACGCCUAAAUGUGUUGACCUCACACGUCCACGCGUCGACCACACUCACCUAUAUAUGUCGACCUCACAUGUAUAGGCGUACAGAAUAAGAAAAUUAGUUCCAUACGUAUAUAGCAAUGUACUGUCAGGUGGCGCCCACACGACUGUGAGCCAAAGAAGGCUUUUUAUCAAACACUAUGUAUGAAGUUAAGUUUUGUGUUUAAAAUAUAGUGUUUGUCUGUUGAAACACGUCAGACUGCCCUUAAUGAUUUGACUUCUGACCUCUGCCUUCUGCAUUGAAAAUAAACAAAAUGUGCAUUUUGGAGAUUAUCUACAGCGCCUUCAUGUGACUUCCGGCUUAAGCGCAUCAAACAGGGAGAUGAACCCCAAACAACAUGCUCCUUUCGCUUGAUAACAGUGCAAAUCGACGUCAUCGCGGUGUGUAGACGGAACAGUUAACCCAAUAUAGGAUGUACUGACACACACAUAUACAGGUUGACAAAUACUGCGAGGUGCAUCCGUGGGUGUGUGACAAUAUAUCUGCUUGCUGUAAUAGUCCAGUGUUUUCUCCACAGUGGGACUUGCCUAUAUGCUUCACCCGUGUGUACCCAGCUGGGUUGUGGAAGAAGUCGGUAUUGCGUGCGCGCCCUCUCCCGAGAGUCUUCUACAUAUUCACAGCACGCAAUAGCAAGAUUCCGCACCUAUUUUAAUAGCGAGAAUUACAUUGUUUACUUUGAAUAAAUUAAUAAU